UCAGUCGCGCCCUCGCGUUUGCAGUUUCCCAGCGGGAGCACAGUGAGAGUAGGCUCUACGGCUCCGGCUUCGAGUAACGCGCGCCACUCGCUCGAGCAGAACCACCCCCGGCGGACCUGGUACUAAUCGAAUUCGUGCUCUGUCUCUCUCUCUCUCUCCCUCUCUCGCAGAGAUCCCAGAAAAAUCCGAAAAAACUCAGUAGUGUUCCUACCGCAGUCAGAUCUCGCCCUGCGCACAGCCGCUGUUCCUUUCCUUCCUAUCCGAUAUUGCAUUUUCGGACGGAAGAUCGAUCGCUCAUCAACCCCGACGAGAACCAAAACGAAACAGGACAACGCGAUCGAACGCGGACCAUGAAGCUCCUGGUAAUCUUCCCUCUGCUAGCACUCUGCUUGAUCCAGCCGUCGCUUGUUCAUUGCGGGACGCGGCCGAGUUUCGUCUCCGACAAGAUGAUCGCGAAAGCGGCCAGCGUGGUGAACGCUUGUCAGACCCAGACCGGUGUGGCCACAGUGGACAUCGAGGCGGUUAGAAAUGGGAAAUGGCCUGAAUCGAGGCAGCUCAAGUGCUACAUGUACUGUCUUUGGGAGCAAUUCGGUCUGGUCGACGAUAAGAGGGACCUCAGUUUAAACGGGAUGCUCACAUUUUUCCACAGGAUGCCAGCCUACAGGAAGGAAGUACAAGAAGCGAUCAGCGCGUGCAAGAGGAUUGGUAAAUAUUUUGUGAAAGGAGACAACAACAAUUGCGAGUACGCGUUCGCAUUCAACAAAUGUUACGCUUCAUUAUCACCACGAACCUAUUAUCUGUUUUAACGAAUUCUGCGCGAAAUAAGAGGAGUAAUGGAGGAGCAACAAAUUCGUUUUAUCGUCCGUCGAGACAACAAUCGUUUCCAUGUAAUCCCGUAACCGUUUCGUACAACAUCAUAAUAAACGAUAAGUCUGAUUUC